AUGAUCCUGAAGGCUGCCAACUCUCCCAGGCCAGGUAACUGGGCGCUGGAGCGUUCUCUGGACAGGGUGAUCUUUACCCCCUGGCAGUACUACGCCAUCACAGACACAGAAUGCCUCACCAGCUUCAACAUUCUGCCUCGCUCAGGACUGCCAUCUUACACCCGCUACGACGAGGUCAUCUGCACGUCUUUCUACUCCAAAAUCCAACCCCUGGAGAAUGGAGAGGUGAGGGGUCAGGGGUCAGUGUAUAGUGUCACUGAAAUGUCAUAGUUGUCAGCUGUGGCGUAACAGCUACAGGGAGUCAUUUUUAUAGUAGUUAUGAUUAUGUUUGUUGAACACUUCAAAUUGCAAUCCAAUUUCAAAUCAAAUGCACAACGUAAAAACGUGGAUUCCAUUUCACUGUAAUAUAUUAGAUUCACCCAUGGCCCACAUGAAAUAAGAACACCAGCACAUUCAUUCACUUGCUUCAAUGGACAUGUAUGGAAGCCAUUUGCUGCUAACAUUUGAUUGCCAACUACAUUAGUAUUUAAAUGCUCUGGUGGUUUAGUUCAAUUUCAUCAGUCAGCUUUGAAGUCACUCACCAGCUUCUCAUAAUCAAAUGGACAUUUCUUGAUUUCAGUUGUGAUCAACACAGUUGCCUUAACAUUAGACAUCCUGUUUACAAGUUAGGCAUACAGACUUGGCACAUUUUAUUUCCUGGUGUGCUAAUUCAGUCAAGAUAUGCUCUCUAUUUUCUGUUGCGUCAUCCAUAUCCAGCAUUUUCCAUAUUUGUUUUCAUUGAGGAUUUGGGGAAGGAAAUCCUACCUCACACAAAUAAGAAUACACAAACAUACACACACCCAUUAACACACGCAAGUUUUUUCCUACCAGGUCCAUUAAUAAUGUAUUUUCUUCUUACCACAGCAGUGGAGUGCUGUGAAUGUUGUUAUGCGGCUGUUUUAUGGAUUUGCUGAGUAGAGAUUGAAUUCAGUCUUUGUUAAAUAUGUGUAGGAAAAGCUUGAAUAGAGGUCACUAAAGAUCUCCCUUUUCCUGUAUAACUUACUAAGAAUCCAUUCAGUGCUUUGUCUCUCUCAAUUUGCACCUGGGGCAUAGAUCCACAUCUCUCUGAUCAAUGGAAGGCUGAGUGCCGAUGACCCCUCCCCGACCUUACUGAACUCACCUCUGCAUGCUACAUCCGCCGACAGUUCCAGCGAAUCAGAACCCUCAACGCCGACCUCAUGACCCUGGCCUUAAAUGACGCCCGCGAUGUCGACCCAAUCGUGACCAGGCGGGUAAGAAUGAAGGAACGUGCUGUUGACCACGCACCACAAUCACUUUCAUAUAGCAUUAUGUAUUCCAUCUGUGUGCCACUACUGUAUUUCUUUCUACCCACCACCAUCGGUGAAAUGGCCACGGUGGCAUGUUGAUUACAUUGCGCUCACCAGACAGAUGGGUCUUAAUUAAAAAUGUCUAUAAUUAAGAAAUCUGUUUCUUUCUGAGCAACAUCCACCUCAUCAUGUGUUGACUUUGGCCUACACAAUCAGUCACCCAGUGAGCUCCUGUGUGACACAUAAUUACCGGACAGAUUGCAGGGCUUAUUUUGAGCGAGGAAUUUUUCAUUUACAAAAUACUGUUCAAUUUAGUCAUACCAAAUGGACAUCAAUUAUGAAAUUGUGGAUGAAAUUAUCUCUCACUCUUUCAGAAAUAAACACUGAAUACCAAUGAGUCUUUGAAUGAACUAGACUGUGCUGUAGCUUUGUAGAAGUAGCCAGUGUAUGAUAGAAAGAUUAAUGACAGUGAUCUCCAUUUUCCUCAACUUGUUUCUUUUUCAUAUGUAUUUCCAGUAUUACUACUCUAUCAAAGACAUUUCAGUUGGAGGGAUGUGUAUCUGCUAUGGCCAUGCUAAAGCCUGUCCCGUGAACAACCAGACCAAGGUAUGUCAGUCAACCUACAUUCUCUAUGGCCACUUCUCUACAUUGUAAUCAUACAGUGAGAUAGAUUUUCUAUUUUCAUAAAAUGUAUCAAACUCAACUCAAGAGACACCUGGUAAACAGUGCUAAACAAUGUUUUCAUACAGUUAUUUUCCGUGAGGUACUGUAAAAAUUCAAUUUGUUUACUGAAGCGUUCCUUUGAUUGUAUUUGAUGCCGUCUACAGAGUGUAACUGUCUUGGGAAAUCUGAGGAGUGUUACUUCAACUAGACAGUUGGAGACAACAAACAGAGCCUGAACUCCAAUGGGGAGUAUGUUGGGGGAGGGGUGUGUGUGGGGUGCACCAGGAACACAGCCGGGGUCAACUGCCAGACCUGUGCUGACGGCUACUACAGACCCACUGGGGUAUGUACUGUUGAUCCCAGUUGACUAGGAUCCAAGCAAUGACUGAGACGCAUAUUAGUGAAUACUCAAUAGCAAUCUCACUUUGUAUCUAUAGCUUUGUAUUGUGACUAGGGUUAAGAGUUUUUCCUGGCCUGAGUCUCCUGCUCCCCUGUUCCCUCCAGGUGAGUCCAGAGGACUCAGACCCGUGUCAGCCCUGCUCCUGUGACCCACCAGGCUCUCUGUCCCCAGCGUGUGUCCCAGACCAGUCCCAGGCUGAAGGAGGUAUGGUACUACUUAACCACCACAGUUCUCCUCUCUAUGCUGAUCUAGCUGCCAUAUGUUUACUGCUGAAGCCUGUAUCUCCCCUGUCUCGUCCCACAGUCCUCACGGCUGGAUCCUGCCAAUGUAUGCAGGGUUACAGGCGACAGCAGUGUGACAGGUGUGCCAUUGGCUACAGCGGCUACCCCAACUGUGUCCGCUGUAACUGCAGUCUAGAUGGAAGGCUAAACAAGGACCCUGCCAGCUGCCCUGUGUCUGCAAGGUAGGCCACUCUCUCCUCCUCCGCCCCCAUCUCUCUGGCCUUUUCUCAUUAGGGCAAAAGUCCGUCCUCCAAUCUCUCUCCUCUGUCUUCACUUCUCUGUUACUCGGAAACCGAUGAGUGGUCGAGGAAAUGUCAGUUUGUUAGUAGGCAAAGGGAACGGUGUCCUCCCCUCCUCGAUAGCCACCUUUCAUCGAGGAUAGUCAUGCGUAUCCUACCUGAGUCCCUCGCGGAAGAGUUUAGAAAUCUGCCACACCCUCUUUGAAUCAGCUUUUGUUUUGUCUGAGGAAAAAGCAUGCACACGUUUAAAAGCAAUAUGCUACUUAUAAUUGUAUCUAUAAAAUGUCUUGCACAACUAAUUACAUUUGUUUUUAUCACUUUACACAUUUAUUUUGGGAUCCACCCCUGUAAACAUACUUUCCCUGAUGACACGCGAGUGGAGAAGGAGAGUUUCAUUUCAUACAACUGCAUUUUCAUCCACGUUCCCUCUCCUCGAUUACCUUUGAACUUUUUUUAAAGGAGACAAGAAAGGACGCAGGAGGUGAGGACGCUGAGGUAUGGACGCAAGAGGUGAGGACGCAGGAGGUAAGCAAAUCCAAUUGAGAAAAGGCCUCUAUCCUCCCUUCUUCCUAUCUGCCCACACCACCGGAACCAAUCCAUUCAAUGUCAGGGGUGGACACAUCAGCGCGAUGCUUUACGCCUUCGUAGGGCCAACAGCUCCGAGUCCCCUCAAAUUCUUCUCACUAAUUGCUCCAGUAUAGAAUUUGACUCAUCAUUUGUUGUUCAAAUUAGCUGGCUACUUCCUCCACUGCUAUUGUGCGCACUCAUGUCUUACACAUGUCAUACCCUGGGCAAGCUCACUGUUUCACUAGCCAAUUAUACCAUCUCACCGCAGGGAUGUCAAGGAGCACCGGUGAACUUUGCUUUCUAUUGGUCUAAUUAUUGAGCUGUGGGGAGGAUGUGCAGUCAAACAUUGCAUUUCGUUGUGUCUCCAGCUGAGUCAGAUGCUACUGAAACUUUUUUCCCACUUUUUCAUCACUUUCUCCAGUUAGAGAACUCGCCUCAGGAGAAUGCUGGUUUAAUGUAACAUUUACUGGAGCUAAUCAUUUCUCAAGUACCACAUCUUGUUUCCCUUGGUAACAUCUUGCAAAAAAGUAUUAUAUUGCUUAUUACCUUUUUUUCUAAGUCAUACAAUAUACUGUAAACACACAAACAUGUUUUUUCCAAUUCAGUUAUUGGGAAUCCUUACCUCAGAAAUCAUGUCAUUUAGGGUGUGCCAGUCCCCAUUUGACAGUCUGCAAAGUGCCCAAGCAGUAAUAUGACAGUAUGACAAAUACUGGCAACUUUGCAGUAUUAUAAUUUUGGGGGGAUUAUUUCUUAGAUUAGCUCAGAAUGUUUCUUGUAUUAUUACCUACAGCCCAAAAUAACUUUUGGACAUUAGAUUAGCGGUCACUCACCAGAAAUUCUAGCUUUGUUUGAACUUCCCGAGGCAGCUCUAUUCAUCCCAGGGGCUGCACCAAAACGCCAACGCCGGAGAAGAAGUGGGGCCCUAGUCAGGCGUGCAUACCAUCCACCGCUUCCGAGCAUAUUUUCGCUCUAACGUUCAGUCCCUGGACAAUAAAGUAGACGAGCUCAGGGUGAGGAUUUCCUUCCAGAAAGACAUCAGGGACUGUAACAUACUCUGUUUUACGGAAUCAUGUCUCUCUCCGGAUAUAUUGUCCCCAUCCAUUCAGCCAGUGGGGUUCUCUGUCCAUCGCGCGGACAGGAAGAAAGAACUCUCAGGGAAAAAGAAAGGCGGAGGGGUUUGUUUCAUGAUUAACAAUUCAUGGUGUGAUUGUGGUAAUGUAUAUGAACUCAGGUCCUUUUGUUCUCCCGAUCUGGAAUACCUCAGCAUCAAAUGCCGACUGCAUUACCCCCCAAGUGUAUUUGCCCCCCCAAGCUGACACUGCAACGGCUCUCAAGGAACUACACUGGACUAUGUGCAAACUGGAAACCACAUAUCCUGCGGCCGCAUUUAUUGUAGCUGGGGACUUUAAUAAAGGAAAUCUGAGGAAAACGAUACCGACAUUCUAUCAACACAUCUCCUGUGCUACACGUGCAUCACAAACUCUUGAUCGUUGCUACUCUCCCUUCCGGGACGGCUACAAGGCCCUCCCUAGGGCUGUUGUGGUGACCAUAUUCCUGCCACAUCGGCAAUCAUGAGUCAUGACCGCAGUAAAAUUACACGUGACCAUUGAGUCACGGUAAUCUCCUCUUAUGCACUCUGGACAUGUGUUGGUAGCACCCAAGUCACUAACAACCAUCAGGUCGCUAAUGGCUUGGUACUCAGGGAUCUAUUGUCCCUCUAACCACUCUGACAUCAAUGCAAAUGCAUUAGAAAAUCACAUCAAACACUUAUCAUCAAAACAGUAUCGUGCUUUUAAAACUCACCUCACUGUGAUUGAUCAAUUUGAAGAAAGAAGUUCAACAACAGGUUGAAACUGAGUGGAAAACAUGGUUGUUAUGGAUGUUGUUUCAAAGCCUAACACAACGAAAUGGACAGUGCUUUCUAAGGUGAUGAUUAAUUCAAAACACCCAUACGAAUAUUAGAGCUUAUGCAUACACAAAGGUCUAUAUAUGAGCCCAAGCCCGAAACCCCCUCCUGAAUUAAAUAAUGAUUGUGCCGUUGUAAGAUACAUAGCCUACUGCAUAUUACGAACAGCAGAAAAACAUUUUAAAAAAACUGAUUUAAGAUGUCUUUGGUACAUAAUUGGUCUAGCUUAUACUCGAUAAUUAAACCACUAGUAAUCGCCUUUGAGUGUGGACUGUAUUAUAAUGCAUACUGGAUGGACUGGUUACCUUAAGCUACGCUCCAAACUUUCUAUCCAUGAGUCUGGGAGAGAAUGUAUAGGCCUAAGCGAUGCUGCUAGUUCAUUGAUUGUGCAGGGUGGCUUACCGAGUUAGCCUACAAUUAUAGUGAAUUUGUAUUUGAUUUUGAAUAUUUUCAUAAUUAAUAGGCUGACACAUUACUUUUAGCUACAGAAUAUCUCACCACUGUGUGUUUCCAUCGGCUCCUCUCUCUCCUUCAUUCCUUUCUCGAGCACACAGAGAAGGCUGUCAGCAGUUUAAUGAAAUAUGUUUAUUUGUGAAAACGUUACUAUCGAUGUUCCCGAACAGAUUUCACUUGGUUUCCCAAAUUAAGCACUGGAUAGCUGCAGGAACAGGGUUGGAGAGCCCAUGGCAUACAGAGUUUGGUCAGAAUAUCACCUGUCGCACAGCAAGAGGCUGCAUGCUCCUCAAACUGUGGUUUAUGCAUUAAGCGAAAUAACCGGAGUAGCCUUCCUGGCAUGAUAGAAAAAUGAACCAGCGGAAAGCAGCCUCCAUUUGUUAUUCGAGUGCAUACAUAUUACAUGUCUUUUUUUCCCUGCCCCUGUUCCUGUCCAUUUGAUAUUGGGCCAUUCUAAAUCACAACUAAUUUUACAUAUUAGUGAAGACAUGAUUAAAUUGAGAAUAGUCUGAUGAAGGAAAAUAUGAUCACUUGAUGAGAGAACAGGGUGUACAACCUGAUGCAAGAAACAAUGUGCAAGCUUUCUCAAAUCAUCAAUAGCCUAUAAUUGCAUCAUGCAGCCCAAAUAUGGGCUCCUGAGUGGCGCAGCAGUCUAAGGCACUGCAUCUCAGUGCUAGAGGCAUCACUACAGACCCUGGUUUGAUUCCAGGCUGUAUCACAAUCUGGCCGUGAUUGGGAUAGGGCGGCGCGCAAUUGGCCCAGCGUCGUCCGGGUUUGGUCGGGGUAGGCCGUCAUUGUAAAUAAGAAUUUGUUCUUAACUGACUUGCCUAGUUAAAUAUAAACAAAUAAAUAUGUUUUCAUUUCUAAGACAUUCUAAGAUUUGUAUCAUUCACAACUAAAGUUGCCAAAUAACUCAAAAUCUAGCAUACAGGACCUGUUUAAAUGAUCACUUUUACGCUCAACAUAGCCACUUCAUAUGCGCACUCACUCCGGAAUGGGGAAAAAUAUACUUUCUAUUUUAUUCAAUUGUUCAAUCGUAGUCUUCUUACUAUAAAAUCAUAUAAUAUAAAAUAAUGGCACAGGAUUUAAAUCAAAUCAAAUCUAAAUGUAUUUGUCACAUACACAGAAUACAACUGCUGUAGACUUUACUGUGAAAUGCAUGCUUAGGAGCCCUUCCCAACAAUGCAGAGUUAAAAAAUAAAAUAGGAACAAGAGGAAUAAAAUAAAAUACACUAGAAUUGAGCUACAGUGCAUUCGGAAAGUAUUCAGACCCCUUCCACUUUUCCACAUUUUGUUACGUUACAGCCUUAUUCAAAAAUUUAUUAAAUACAUUUUCCCCUCAUCAAUCUACACACAAUACCCCAUAAUGACAAAGCAAAAACAGGUUUCUAGACAUUUUUGCUAAUUUAUUAUAAAUAAAAAACAGAAAUACCUUAUUUACAUAAGUAUUCAGACCCUUUGCUAUGAGACUCAGAAUUGAGCUCAGGUGCAUCCUGUUUCCAUUGAUCAUCCUUGAGAUGUUUCUACAACUUGAUUGGAGUCCACCUGUGGUAAAUUCAAUCGAUUGGACAAGAUUUGGAAAGGCACACACCUGUCUAUAUAAAGGUCCCACAGUUGACAGUGCAAGUCAGAACAAAAACCAAGCCAUGAGGUCAAAGGAAAUGUGAACAUCCUUGAGAUGUUUCUACAACUUGAUUGGAGUCCACCUGUGGAUUGUGUCGAGGCACAGAUCUGGGGAAGGGUACCAAACAAUUUCUGAAGCAUUGAAGUUCCCCAAGAACACAAUGGCCAUCAUUCUUAAAUGGAAGAAGUUUGGAACCACCAAGACUCUUCCUAGAGCUGGCCGCCCAGCCAAACUGAGCAAUCGGUGGAGAAGGGCCUUGGUCAGGGAGUUGACCAAGAACCCGAUGGUCACUCCGACAGAGCUCCAGAGUUCCUCUGUGGAGAUGGGAGAACCUUCCAUAAGGACAACCAUCUCUGUAGCUCUCCACCAAUCAGGCCUUUAUGGUGGAGUGGCCAGACGGAGCCACUCCUCAGCAAAAGGCACAUGACAGCCCGCUUGGAGUUUACCAAAAGGCACCUAAAGGACUGGGACCAUGAGAAACAAGUUUUCUGGUCUGAUGAAACCAAGAUUGAACUCUUUGGCCUGAAUGCCAAGAGUCACGUCUGGAGGAAACCUGGCACCAUCCCUACAGUGAAGCAUGGUGGGGCAGCAUCAUGCUGUGGGGAUGUUUUUCAUCGGCAGGUACUGGGAGACUAAUCAGGAUCGAGGGAAAGAUGAACAGAGCAAAGUACAGAGAGAUCCUUGAUGAAAACCUGCUCCAGAGCACUCAGGACCUCAGACUGGGGCGAAGGUUCACCUUCCAACAGGACAACAACCCUAAGCACACAGCCAAGACAACGCAGGAGUGGCUUUGGGACAAGUCUCUGAAUGUCCUUGAGUGGCCCAGCCAGAGCCCGGACUUGAACCUGAUCUAACAUUUCUGGAGAGACCUUGUUAUAAUGUAUUGUCAUAGUGUUGUGGGAACAAAGUUAGAUAGGUAAUUCUUGGUGCCACAGAGUCUGCAUAAACUCGUCAUAACAGACUUGAAAAUAGCUGUACAGCGACGCUCCCCAUCCAACCUGACAGAGCUUGAGAGGAUAUGCAGAGAAGAAUGGGAGGAACUCCCCAAAUACAGGUGUGCCAAGCUUGUAGCGUCAUACCCAAGAAGACUCAAGGCUGUAUUCGUUGCCAAAGAUGCGCCAACGCGGGCCCCCUCCACUCACUAGGUCUGUGUACUCUCGUUCUCUGUGGCUGACAUGAUUAAGUAAUUUAAGUGUGUUAACCCUCGUUAGGCCGCCUGCCAAGACUCCAUCCCAAGCCUCGUCUUCAGAAGAUCUGCAGACCAGCUGGCUGGAGUGUUUACGGACAUAUUCAAUCUCUCCAUAUCCCAGUCUGUUGUCCCCACUUGCAUCAAGAUGUCCACCUUGUCCUUGUACCCAAGAAAGCAAAGGUAACUGAACUAAAUGACUAUUGCCCCGUAGCACUCACUUCUGUUAUCAUUAAGUGCUUUGAGAGGCUAGUUAAGGACCAUAUCACCUCCACCUUAACCGAUAACCUAGACCCACUAGAAUUCGCAUACCACCGCAACAGAUCCAUUGAUGACGCAAUCGCCAUUGCGCUGCACACAGCCCUAUCCCACCUGGACAAGAGAAAUACCUAUGUAAGAAUGCUGUUUAUCGACUACAGCGCAGCUUUCAUCAACAUAGUGCCCUCAUCACUAAGCUCAGGGCCCUGGGUCUGAACCCCUCCCUGUGCAGCUGGGUACUGGACUUCCUGAUGGGCCGACCCCAAGUGGUGAAGGACGGCAACAACACCUCCGCCACACUGAUCCUCAACACAGGGGCCCCACAGGGGUGCCUGCUCAGCCCCCUCCUGUACUCCCUGUUCACCCAUGACUAUGUGGCCACGCACGUCUCCAACUCAAUCAUCAAGUGGAAGGCUUGAUUACCAACAAUGACGAGACGGCCUACAGGGAGGAGGUGAGAGCGUUGGCGGAGUGGUUCCAGGAAAAUAAUCUCUCGCUCAACGUCAAUAAAACGAAGGAGCUGAUCAUGGACUAUAGGAGACAGCAGAGAGAGCACGCCCCCAUCCACAUCGACAGGGCCGCAGUGGAGAGAUCAAAAGUUGUUCCUUUCACACAGAUAGUGUGGUGAAGAAGAAGCAACAGCGCCUUAGAAACUUCUACAGAUGCACCAUUGAUAGCAUCCUGUCGGGCAGUAUCACUGCCUGGUACGGCCAUUGCACUGUCCGCAACCGCAGGGUUCUCCAGUAGGUGGUGCAGUCAGCCCAUCAUCGGGGGCACACUGCCUGCCCUUCAGGACAUCUACAGCACCCGGUGUCACAGGAAGGCCAAGAAGAUAAUCAAGGACCUCAGCCACCCAAGCUACAGCCUGUUCACCCCGCUACCAUCUAGAAGGAGGAGACAGUAAACCUGGGACCGAGAGACUGAUAAACAGCUUCUAUCUCCCAGGCCAUCAGAGUGUUAAACAGUCACCAAAUGGAAUAAAAUAUUUGGAAAUGAAAGGAAAUUAUAUUUCAAGAGCAAGUGGCAUUCCAGGAUUGCAAUGCAAUGCCAUAAAGCAGAUGUUCCCUAACCUUUUCACUCGGGGCCCCCCUUCCAGCAUAGGGGAACAUCCCGCGCCCCCCCCCCUGCGCACGUGUGCACGCACCACGUCUAUUUCUAUGAGCACAAGCAUUGUUCAUGACACAUACUGUUCACACCCCUCUUGUUGGUGGAGAGAAUUUUGCAGGUUUAAAGCUUAUUUCCUGCAAUUCUAUACAUUUUGCCAUGUCUAAUAUGUAUUCAUGUGAUAUUUGAGUGACAAAAAAACAAUAGCUAUCUGGACAUUUCUGACAAGUUAUAAAUAGCUCUCUAAGGUAUGCAAUAACUCACAUGACAAGAGGAACUGAUGAUGCACUACCCAAUUUCGAAAUUGCACCUUGUGCACUCUACUAUUACAACUUUCAAGAGUAAGUUUAAAGCCGGACUGCUGUCUCCUGUAGUCCAAGUUUAAAGCCGACCCCUCGCGGCCCCACAGUUUGGGAACCAGUGCGGCAUAAAAGACUGACUAUGAUACAUGAAGACACUAUUUACAAUACACAAACAUGGGGAGAAAAAAAUGCAGUCCAACAGGGGAUUUGAAUUGGCCCUGUAAUGCGUAAUGCUUUCAUGUCCUCUUUCUUUUCCCCAGGCGAGAUAAAGUAUCUAGCCACUCAAAACUACAGAAUCCUGGCUUUGGCUGUGUGGGCAUACAAAAUGAAUGUCCAUUGCGAUUUGUUAGCAGAAGCUCAGGGAUGAUGGCAUAUAAAAGUGUUGAUUUUGCCAAGUGUUUAUCUGUCUGUGCAUGCGGUGAUUAAUAAUCUAAGAUUCAACCAGAAAACAACAAUCACCACCAGUAGAAAGAGGAGGAAGGGAAGCGCUACUAAGGUACACAACAGUAAAUGUUGGUAGACAGAAGGUGCUCUUUGGUCAAGGGGGUGAAUUGGUCAUCAAAAAGAAAGGAGGUCCAAGGCACUCUUCAUAUAAUUAAUUAAAAUGCCUUUAAUAGUAUGGCAUGUUCAAUAGAAACAAGAUUAUUUUUUUUAUCCGACGCGUUUCGGCUGCAAUCACCACCAGUUGUUACAGAUAAUGUUUGAUAGGAGACUUUCUCUCAAUGUGUGGUGGUCAGACUUUAUAGAAUGUUAACGGCAUCAGCUCAAUGUUUUUCACAUUAGUUAUUAUUUUAAUUACUUUUGUCUACUAUGUGAUAUUUGGAGAGAGGGAACGUCUGUCCCUGGGGGGUGUGUGGGCUGUCACAGUGUGUGAGUGCCUGUAUAGCACAUCGUCCUUGUGUGUAUGUGUGUGUGUGUACAUCUUCCAGGAAAACGUGGAGGGGGAAAACUGUGACCACUGCAAGCUGGGUUUCUACCAUCUCUGCGGCUGCGAGAAGUGCUACUGUUCCGGCGUGGCUAGCGACUGCUCCGACUCCCAGUGGAUCUACAGUAAUGUAAAAGACUACGCCAGGCCUCACUCUCUCAUUUCCCCCACUAACACAACUCAUUAGUGCCUCUUGCCUGGUGUUGCGCUGCCUGCUGAGUUAAGCCUCUCUUGGCCUGCCUUAUUAAAACUGGGUGCUGAGGGCUGGGCUGAUGACAAGGUGGAGUGCAGAUGGAUGAACGAGGCAGAGCCACACACACACACACACAUCCAUAAAUACAGGCUGAUUUGUACCGCACAACACACUCUGACACGUUGACAGGAUGAGGUUGGCGAGGGUCAGAGGUUAAUGAUCUGCAGGAUAAACAGGGUGGGGUGUAUGGGUGUAGACAUAAUGACGUAAAUGUAGACAGGCGAGGGGGCAGCAGGUAGCCUAGCAGUUAGAGUGUUGGGACAGGAACCGAAAGGUUGCUGGUUUGAAUCCCGAGCCAACAAGGUGAAAAAAAGAUGUUGAUGUUCCUUUGAGCAAAGGCAUUUAACCCUAAUUGCUCCUGUAAGUCGCUCUGGAUAAGAACAUCUGCUAAAUGACUAAAAUGUCAAAAGAUGGGGGAGGGCAUUAAACACAGGCCUGUCACUGGAUUACAGGGCCUGAUUUACUGUGUUGAUACUGCAUGUGACAGACAGCUAGGCAUCUGUCUCUGCAAUUAACCUGAUCUUGAGUUCUCCCUUCAAUCCACCAUUUUCUUUAAUCACUGUGUGUAGAUGUGGGGUGGAGGUGGUGUGUAUAAGGGGGAAGUUUAAUCUGUUUGUGGAGAAGACCAUUUUCAACCUGUAAUGACACAAAGGAAUCAGCCAUCUUCAUUAUCAGUGGAACAGUUAAUCAGGCUGGGCCCUUAAUGAACCUGUACCUCUCCAUCCUAAUGAACAUGUAUCUCUCCAUCCUAAUGAACAUGUACCUCUCCAUCCUAAUGAACAUGUACCUCUCCAUCCUAAUGAACAUGUACCUCUCCAUCCUAAUGAACAUGUACCUCUCCAUCCUAAUGAACAUAUACCUCUUUAUCCUAAUGAACCUGUACCUCUCCAUCCUAAUGACAGGCCUCUCAGGCCAACUGCUCUUUCAACCUGCCAUACACACACUACACACACUACACACACACACACACACACACACACACACACACACACACACACACACACGCACACACACACACGCACACACACACACACACACACACACACACACACACACACACAGGGAGAUAAUCGGUAGGACCACAUCAUUUACUUUCUAAACAAUUACAAGGUUAAUCUAGAAAACAAGGCAACAAAGGUACUUCAUUCCACGGUUUAGGAUAUUCACUUGGCAGAUCUAGAAAAAAAAAUGAGAGGGAAGAGAAAAAACAUGAUCAUAGCCUGGCAAGGGGAAACGUCUGAUGUAUAAAUCGCAGGCUGCCAGACAGGAGUGUUCAUGGUGAUUUAAGGAAGAGGGAACAUGAGGGGUGUCAAACCAUGAUGUAUUUCCCUCUGCCCCGCACAUGCAGAAUAUAAAUCACAGAAAAAUAUCUCAACCAAAAUCUGAAUGUGGAAUUUGUUUUUCUAUAUUUAUAUCGACCCAGGAAGAGUUGUCUCUGUGUUCAUUGGAGGGGAAAAAUGGCCAAUGAGUGUUUUGGGAUUGUCAUAGUUUUAAGAACAGUUGAUGGCAAUCUGUAGACAAUACAGUCCUACUGCAUUGUAAAACCAGAAUUUGAAGGGACAAUCCAGUAACCUUAUGAGGGAUACUAUGAUACACCUCAUCCUCCAUCAUAUGCUGCUGCCUUGAGGCCAGAUCUCCCAUGCAAAAGAGUCUAUGUGUCUUAAUGGGCUUUUUCUGGUUAAAUAAAGGUUAAAUAGAAUAAGGGCUACAUAACACUGUCAUAACAAGGACAUAACAUACAGUGCAUUCGGAAAGUAUUCAGACCCCCCUAAAAUGGAUGAAAUAAAUAAAACAUCCACAUCAAUCUACACACAAUACCCCAUAAUAACAAAUUGAAAACAGGUGUUUAGACAUUUUUCCACAUUUAUAUUUAAAGAAAAUAACAGAAAUACCUUAUUUACAUAAGUAUUCAGACCCUUUGCUAUGAGACUCAAAAUUGAGCUCAGGUGCAUCUUGUUUCCAUUGAUCAUUCUUGAGAUGUUUCUACAACUUGAUUGGAGUCCACCUGUGGAUUGUGUCGAGGCACAGAACUGGGGAAGGGUACCAAACAAUUUCUGAAGCAUUGAAGUUCCCCAAGAACACAAUGGCCAUCAUUCUUAAAUGGAAGAAGUUUGGAACCACCAAGACUCUUCCUAGAGCUGGCCACCCAGCCAAACUGAGCAAUCGGUGGAGAAGGGCCUUGGUCAGGGAGGUGACCAAGAACCCGAUGGUCACUCUGACAGAGCUCCAGAGUUCCUCUGUGAAGAUGGGAGAACCUUCCAGAAGGACAACCUUCUCUGCAGCACUCCACCAAUCAGGCCUUUAUGGUGGAGUGGCCAGACGGAAGCCACUCCUCAGUAAAAGGCACAUGACAGCCCACUUGGAGUUUGCCAAACGGCACCUAAAGACUCAGACCAUGAGAAACAAGAUUAUUUUGUCUGAUGAAACUAAGAUUGAGGCCAAGCGUCACGUCUGGAGGAAACCUGGCACCAUCACUACGUUGAAGCAUGGUGGUGGCAGCAUCAUGCUGUGGGGAUGUUUUUCAGAGACUUGUCAGGAUGAAGGGAAAGAUGAACAGAGCAAAAUACAGAGAGAUCCUUCAUGAAAACCUGCUCCAGUGUGCUCAGGACCUCAGACUGGGGUGAAGGUUCACCUUCCAACAGGACAACGACCCUAAGCACACAGCCAAGACAACGCAGGAGUGGCUUUGGGACAAGUCUCUGAAUGUCCUUGAGUGGCCCAGCCAGAGCCCAGACUUGAACCCGAUCUAACAUCUCUGGAGAGACCUGAAAAUAGCUGUGCAGUGACGCUCCCCAUCCAACCUGACAGAGCUUGAGAGGAACUGCAGAGAAAAAAAGGAGAAACCCCCCAAAUACAGGUGUGCCAAGCUUGUAGCGUCAUACCCAAGAAGACUCGAGGCUUUAAUAAAUUUGCACACACAGAAAAACUACUGUUUUUGCUUUGUCAUUGUGGAUUAUUGUGUGUAGAUUGAUGACGAAAAAAGUCAAUUUAAUAAAUGUUUGAAUAAGGCUGUAAUGUAACAAAAUGUAUAUUGUUUGUAUAUUAGUUUAUUUUCUUUUCUCCUCAUAGGCUUUGCAUGUCUUCCCGUCCCAUUGUCUCUAACUCAUUCAAUUUCCCCACAGUGCAUUCUGGGGGAAAACAAUGCUUUGCUCCAUGAACUCUGUAAUAAUGUAUUUUUCUCUAACAAAAGUCUUUAGGCAUCAGGGUUUACUCUGCUUUCUCUAAUGUCAAAAAGGCUCAUCAUUAUGAGCUUUAUAUAGGGGUCCACAGUAGCGAACUAAUGUGUGUGUGUGUGUGUGUGGCAGUCGAGCAGGAUUUCAGUAAAAGGAUCAGACACUGAAGCAGAGAAUUAUCUCAUGCUAGCGUGGCGCUCAAAGCCCAACACAAUUACUCCUGUACAUCCGUGGUGCCAUGUUUCAUCCCAUGAAUUAUCACCAUUGUGACAUGCAUUAAAAGUGACAGCCUUGUUUCUAAUGAAAAAUAUAAAUUGUUGCAUUUCGCUCCAGUUCCUACCAGCGUCUAUGACUGCUCAUGAGUCCGUAUGACAUGUCAAAGGAUGACUGACAGUUUUGGGAUUUAUGUUUGGUUUAUAUAUGUGGAGGAUGCUUGUUGCGAUUUAUUAUGUCCUUCCCUCUCCCAAUAGAGUUUGUGUCAUUGUUGAGUUAGAGUUCUGGAGAUUGAGGUAACACAGAUCAGAGUACCACCACACAAUGAUCAGAAUGAAAUGUCCCCCUCAAUUUUCCUUACAGCUACAUCGCCUUCAGAAAGUCACACAAUACCCCAUAAUGUCAAAGUGGAAUUACAGUGAGGGAAAAAAGUAUUUGAUCCCCUGCUGAUUUUGUAAGUUUGCCCACUGACAAAGAAAUGACCAGUCUACAAUUUUAAUGGUUGUCACGCCCUGGCUCUGGGGACUAUGUUAUGUUGAGCCAGGGUGUGUAAGUCUAUGUUUUGUAUAUCUAUGUUGGCCUGAGUGACUCCCAAUCAGAGGCAACGAGUGUCAGCUGGUUGUCUCUGAUUGGGAGCCAUAUUUAACUAUCGGUCUUUUCACUUUGUGUUGUGGUUUCUUGUUCCUUUUGGUUUGAGUGUAUCGAAGGACUUCACGUUUCGUUCGUUGUUUUGAUCGGGUGAUCUGUUUAAUAAAUAAUAUGUACGCAUUCAACGCUGCGCAUUGGUCCUCCUCCUUAAGCGAACGUGACAGAAGAAACCACCAAGACAGGACCAAGCAGCAUGAAGAGGAGAGAGGAAGGACCUGGGAUCAGGGGAGUAGGAGUUUCGGCUGGGCCACGCUAAGUGAAGAGGAGAGAGGCUGGUCUAUGAAGCAAUGGAUCGAGAGUCUGGCGAGAGCUAGGGAGGCCUGGUCCACGGGGAGGAGAGAACCCCAGAAAUUUUUUAGGGGGGGGCUCACGACGUGGACGACGGGGCAGCAGGAGGCCGCGAAGGAGCGGUCCAGCGGGUGUGAAGAGGAGGCCGCCAGGUUAAGGGGGCCACUGGUCACAGAGGAGAGGUAAAGUGUGGAGGCACGGCGAGAGGUACUGGGGUGUAUUACCAGUCCGGUCCGGCCCGUUCCUGAUCCCUGCAUAGGGCCAGUGGCGUGUGUCCCCAGUACGGUUCGGCCUGUUCCUGCCUCUCGCACCGAGCCUGUGGUGCGCGUCGUCAGCCCUGUCCGGCCCGUUCCUGCUCUCCGUACCAAGUCGGUGGUGCGCGUCGCCAGCCCGGUCCGGCCCAUCCAAGCUUCCCGCACCAAGCCAGUGGUGUGCGUCGUCAGUCCGGCACGGCCCGUUCCUGCUCUCCGCACCAAGUCUGUGGUGCGCGUCGCCAGCCCAGUCCGGCCCAUCCAAGCUUCCCGCACCAAGCCAGUGGUGUGCGUCGUCAGUCCGGCACGGCCCGUGCCUGCUCUCCGCACCAAGUCUAUGGUGCGUUUCGUCAGCCCUGUCCGGCCCGUUCCUGCUCUCCGCACCAAGUCUGUGGUGCGCGUCGCCAGCCCAGUCCGGCCCAUCCAAGCUCCCCGCACCAGGUCAGUGGUGCGCGUCGUCAGCCCGGUCCGGCUCAUUCCUGCUCCCCGCACCAAGUCAGGGGUGCGCUUCGUCAGCCCGGUCCGGCCCGUUCCUCCUCCACGCAUCAAGCCAGGGGUGUGCGUCGUCAGUCCAGCACAACCCGUGCCUGGGUCAUGUCCGGAGCCGGAUCCGCCGCCGAGAAGGAGUGCCCACCCGGUCCCUCCCCUGUUGUGGUUGUUUGGCGCGGCCGGAGUCCGCGCCUUUGGGGGGGGGGUACUGUCACGCCCUGGCUCUGGGGACUAUGUUAUGUUGAGCCAGGGUGUGUAAGUCUAUGUUUUGUAUAUCUAUGUUGGCCUGAGUGACUCCCAAUCAGAGGCAAUGAGUGUCAGCUGGUUGUCUCUGAUUGGGAGCCAUAUUUAACUAUCGGUCUUUUCACUUUGUGUUGUGGUUUCUUGUUCCUUUUGGUUUGAGUGUAUCGAAGUACUUCACGUUUCGUUCGUUGUUUUGAUCGGGUGAUCUGUUUAAUAAAUAAUAUGUACGCAUUCAACGCUGCGCAUUGGUCCUCCUCCUUAAGCGAACGUGACAAUGGUAGGUUUAUUUGAACAGUGAGAGACAGAAUAACAACCAAAAAAUCCAGAAAAACGCAUGUAAAAAUUUUUAUAAAAUGAUUUGCAUUUUAAUGAGGGAAAUAAGUAUUUGACCCCCUCUCAAUCAGAAAGAUUUCUGGCUCCCAGGUGUCUUUUAUACAGGUAACGAUCUGAGAUUAGGAGCACACUCUUAAAGGGAGUGCUCCUAAUCUCAGUUUGUUACCUGUAUAAAAGACACCUGUCCACAGAAGCAAUCAAUCAAUCAGAUUCCAAACUCUCCACCAUGGCCAAGACCAAAGAGCUCUCCAAUGAUGUCAGGGGCAAGAUUGUAGACCUACACAAGGCUGGAAUGGGCUACAAGACCAUCGCCAAGCAGCUUGGUGAGAAGGUGACAACAGUUGGUGUGAUUAUUCGCAAAUAGAAGAAAUACAAAAGACUGUCAAUCUCCCUCGGCCUGGGGCUCCAUGCAAGAUCUCACCUCGUGGAGUUGCAAUGAUCAUGAGAACGGUGAGGAAUCAGCCCAGAACUACACGGGAGCAUCUUGUCAAUGAUCUCAAGGCAGUUUGGACCAUAGUCACCCAAAAAACAAUUGGUAACACACUACGCCGUGAAGGACUGAAAUCCUGCAGCGCCCGCAAGGUCCCCCUGCUCAAGAAAGCACAUAUACAUUGCCAUCUGAAGUUUGCCAAUGAAUAUCUGAACGAUUCAGAGGAGAACUGGGUGAAAGUGUUGCGGUCAGAUGAGACCAAAAUCGAGCUCUUUGGCAUCAACUCAACUCGCCGUGUUUGGAGGAGGAGGAAUGCUGCCUAUGACCCCAAGAACACCAUCCCCACCAUCAAACAUGGAGGUGGAAACAUUAUGCUUUGGGGGUGUUUUUCUGCUAAGGGGACAAGACAACUUCACCGCAUCAAAGGGACGAUGGACGGGGCCAUGUACCGUCAAAUCUUGGGUGAGAACCUCCUUCCCUCGGCCAAGGCAACAAAGGAGUGGCUCAAGAAGAAGCACAUUAAGGACCUGGAGUGGCCUAGCCAGUCUCCAGACCUUAAUCCCAUAGAAAAGCUGUGGAGGGAGCUGAAGGUUCGAGUUGCCAAACGUCAGCCUCGAAACCUUAAUGACUUGGAGAAGAUCUGCAAAGAGGAGUGGGACAAAAUCCCUCCUGAGAUGUGUGCAAACCUGGUGGCCAACUACAUGAAACGUCUGACCUCUGUGAUUGCCAACAAGGGUUUUGCCACCAAGUACUAAGUCAUGUUUUGCAGAGCGGUCAAAUACUUAUUUCCCUCAUUACAAUGCUAAUCAAUUUAUAACAUUUUUGACAUGCGUUUUUCUAGAUUUUUUUGUUGUUAUUCUGUCUCUCACUGUUCAAAUAAACCUACCAUUAAAAUUAUAGACUGAUCAUGUCUUUGUCAGUGGGCAAACAUACAAAAUCAGCAGGGGAUCAAAUACUUUUUUCCCUCACUGUAUGUUUUUCGAAUUUGUUUAUAAAUUAAUUAAAAAUGAAAAGCUGAAAUGUCUUGUCAAUAAGUAUUCAACCCCUUUGUUAUAACAAGCCUGAAUACGUUCAGGAGUAAAAUGUGCUUAACAUGUCACAUAAUAAGUUGCAUGGACUCUCUCUGUAUGCAAUAAUAGUGCUUAACAUGAUUUCUGAACGACUACCUCAUCUCUGUACCCCACACAUACAAUUAUCUGAAUAUCCCUUUGAGCAUGGUGAAGUUAUUACUUGGAUUUUGUAUCAAUAGACCCAGUCAUUACAAAGAUACAGGCGUCCUACCUAACUCAGUUGCCAAAGAGGAAGGAAACUGCUCAGGGAUUUCACCAUGAGGCCAAUGGUGACUUUAAAACAGUUACAGCGUUUAAUGGCUGUGAAAGGAGAAAACGGAUGGAUCAACAACAUUGUAGUUACUCCACAAUACUAACCUAAAUUAGACAGUGAAAAGAUGGAAGCCUGUACAGAAUAAAAAUAUUCCAAAACAUGCAACCUGUUUGCAAUAAGGCACUAAAGUAAAACUGUAAAAAAUGUGGCAAAGAAAUUAACUUUAUGUCCUGAAUACAUUUACAUUACAUUUUAGUCAUUUAGCAGACACUCUUAUCCAGAGCGACAUACAGUUAGUGAGUGCAUACAUUUUCAUACAAAGCGUUAUGUUUGGGGAAAAUCCAACACAACACAUCACUGAGUACCACUCUUCAUAUUUUCAAGCAUGGAGGUGGCUGCAUCAUGUUAUGGGUAUGCUUGUCAUCGGCAAGGUCUAGGGAGUUUUUUAGGAUAAAAGAAACGGAACAGAGCUAAGCACAGGCAAAAUCCUAGAGGAAAACCUGGUUCAGUCUGCUGACACUGGGAGACAAAUUCACCUUUCAGCAGGACAAUAACCUAAAACACAUGACCAAAUAUACACUGGAGUUGCUUACCAAGAUGACAUUGAAUGUUCCUGAGUGGCUUAGUUACUGUUUUGACUUAAGUCAGCUUAAAAAUCCAUGGCAAUACUUGAAAAUGGCUGUCUAGCAAAGAUCAACAACCAACUUGACAGAGCUUUAAGAAUAUUCUACAAUCCAGGUGUGCAAAGCUCUUAAAGACUUACCCAGAAACACUCACAGCUGUAAUCACUGCCAAAGGUGAUUCUAACAUGUUUUGACCCAGGGGUUUGAAUACUUCUGUAAAUUAGAUAAUUCUGUAUUUCUGUAUACUUUGUCAUUAUGAGGUAUAGUGUGUAGAUGGGUAAGAAAAACAUCUAUGUAUUCCAUUUUGAAUUCAGGCCAUAACACAACAAAAUGUGGAAUAAAUCAAAGAGUAUGGAUACUUUUCUGAAAGAAAGUUGCAUCUUAAUUGUUGCCUAAUUCUUUAAGUACUUCCUGACCACGCCCACUCUACUUCUCAAUUUAACAGGGGACAUGGUGACAGAUUUACAGGAGACAGUAAAACCCAUAAACCUGCAUACAAAUCUCGGAUGAACUUUUCUCUUCAGAAAUCUCCACGUGUUGAUUGACUAUUGCCCCAGUGCCGAGGGCUGCCUCCUUUCCUUCCCUGGCCAAGCAAAGUGAAAGAAAUAGCACCAAUUACUGCAGCUGCCUCUUCACUGAGUUGUGUCCUAUCACGGGUAAUAGACUAUUAUGAUGAUAAAUGAACCCAUCUCCGCAGCGCUUGCCUGAGUACACACUUCAGCGCUUUCUCCCAGUGAGGAACGGCGCCAUUACCACUCGUCUUCAGAUUGACAAGGCCGACAGAGCAGCCAGCGCAGAGAGAAUGAGCGCCCAGGAGAAUAUGCAUGGGUGGGUGCCAGUGAUUGUUUUACCCACAUGAAUGUAUUUAUUUACUGUUUGUGUGGUUUCCUUGGUGGGCCGGGCCCCCUGUACGAGGUAGUCUUUUCUGGGGACCUAUAGACUAGAGACUGAGAGAGCGCCACCUAUAGGAUGCUAUCAGAGCUCUGAGUAGACACUGUGCUCCUCUGUCCCACUUGACAGUAGAGAGGAGGAUAUUCAGCCACUCCCAGCCUGUCCCAGACUGCAGCUCCAGACUGCAUGCUGUGGUUAACACACUGUGAUCAUGUCUCUAUUCCCUCUAUUCCCUUCCCACUGCAGGGGCAGAGGCUGCAGGGCACACACAGCCCCAUUCCCAGGCUAUGCCACUUAAAUGCCCAAUGAACUGCAACAAGGAGGCCUCCAAAGUUUCCUCCUCAUUCAGCGAAUACUGGAGUAGAUCUUCUUUCGUUGAUACAAAUAUUGCAGUUGUAGUUUUGAUAGAGCUCUAUUAUAAACAUAUUGGUUGCUUAGAAACAACUUAGUCCUGUAUGGCUCAGUUGGUAGAGCAUGGCGCUUGCAACGCCAGGGUUGUAGGUUUGAUUCCCAUGGAGGACCAGUACAAAAAUGUAUGCAUUCACUACUGUAAGUUGCUCUGGAUAAGAGUGUCUGCUAAAUGACAAAAAUGUAAAUGUCAGAUGCUGUGUGUUUGCUUAUACAGUUCUUGCCAAUUAUUUGAAUGAUACUCCAACCGUUUUAGUACAUUUCCUAGUUCUUCUGAUUUAUCCCAAAUACUUCCCAAAAACAUGGCGGAAAUGUUUCCAUAAAGCACUGCAACACAAACACAUGGUUACAGAUGGACAAACAAGCAGGGAAAUUCUUACAGCUUUUGAGGCAGCAAUAGCCUUUGUCCCAAAUGUGUUAACUUUGGACCGUCUCAUUCGGGCCAAUUAAAGUGUUUCCCAGAUGUGAGUGUUUCCAAGCCCUAGUUUUGGACCUGCACCAUCACCCACUAUGCACAAACAAAACAGGACUCCAUAUUGGAGGCAGUCAGAGGCUCUGAGCAGAGCCCCCUCUUUGUAGCUGUCCUGUGGGUGGCCGGUGGGAAAACACACAUUGAUGCUUCCUGGAUAUUAAAGUCAACAGAGCCAGGGCCCAGGGCUCGUAAUGGUGGAGCAGAUGUGAGGCACUCUGGGUUCCCGGUGUUGUUUUAAGAACCCAGUGGAUGGUUUGAUUGUCUGUUGUUUAUUUUCUGAAAUAUGGGCCCUGAUCACCCCCUCCUCGCUCUCUCUGCCACUCUCUCUCUCUCUCUCUGUCUCGCUGGGCAUAUUUGGUGUGGGAUGGUUAGCCGCUCUGGCUUUCUGUCUCUGUUCUAACACGGCCUCCCCUGUGAUCUAUAAAUGUGGAUCCUAACUACAGAGUCCUCUCUUCACAGGCCUCUCUUUAUUUGUCCUGUAGCUCAAUGUGUCCUCAUGUAGCAAAUUUCAAGUUUUUAUGAUUGUUCAGAAUCAGCCAUGGUGCUCCAGUAGGAUUGUGAGAUAUAUGAUUGUAUCCUGGACAAAGAGAUCAUAGAUAGUUUAUUGAUGUGAGUGUCCUGAUAUGAGUGUUUUUGAUGCUACUAACAAGAGGAUUAGAUCUUUCUCCUUAGUGGUGUAUCUGACACUUGUUGUUGCUCCUAAACAAAAUGUUAGAUUUUCCCUGCUCCUCCCACCCACAAUGCACUUUACCUUCAUAGACCAGCCCCUUUGUUUAACAGAGGUUGAGGUGUUCUCAGUGUGAAUUGGAUUUCUGUUAAUUAAGAGGUUGUCAUGACAUUAUAUUAGGACCUGCAGUCUGUACAUGACUCACUUUAGCCCUUGUUUAUCUCGCUUCCUGUGUACAAACAAAUACUGCUGUAUUUCAACGCUUCUCCGCAUUAAUUUAGCCAGUGAACCGUAAUUGGUUACAACGGGAACAUUUUUAUUAAUCUAUGUUGGUUGUCUGCAUAGCUGUGCGUGAGUCAUAUCGCAAUAAUAAAUGGAUAGACAUCAACGAUGCCAAAACAAAUGGUUUGACAACACACAUUAAAAGAGAUCUGGUUCUGGUGUAUGUGGCUCACUGCUGUGGCUGGUCUUCUAACCAGGGUAAUGAUGGCGCUGGUAAGGCCCUGAGUUUUCCCUGACCACAUGAUCUGACCUGGACAAACUGUUACGGACAGAGUUACAGCCUAGGUAGGUCACAUGAUCUGACCUGGGCAAACUGUUACAGACUAGGGAGGUCACAUGAUCUGACCUGGACAAACUGUUACAUACUAGACAGGUCACAUGAUCUGACUUGGACAAACUGUUAGACUAGGCAGGUCACAUGAUCUGACCUGGACAAACUGUUACAGACCAGGCAGGUCACAUGGUCAGUGAAAACUCAGGGCCCCUCUGAUAAGUGAUGAGUGAGAAGUGAUUUGCCCUCCAGGUCCAGUCAAACGUUCUCCAUGGUCAGAUAACAGGGCCUUUUCAUUCAACACAGCAGCACCCCCAGAGCUCCCUGUUAUAGCCUCAGCAGGGGGCCAGGAGAUAGAGCAGCUCAAUAGCACCAAGAUGAGAGGGCCCCUUUCUAGCAGGAAAAACACAACACACGUCUGCUUUGUUUGGGGAGCUGGAUGAGGGCAGAGGAAUCAUAGAGAGAGAAAAAAAGACAGAUCGACAAAUCCAAAGGAGGCGGUGGAGGAUAGGCUGUCCUAGAUCUGAGAAUGUGUGCUCAACUGUACCAGACAGACAUUUUGGGAAUACAGUCAUCAUUCGAACAAUCACACAGUCCUAGUUGUGGAAAACUAGACAUCCUAAUCUUCAAGAGCCCAGUGCCUGUAAAACUGUGUCCAUCUUUAAGGAUCUUUGUUUAAAACCUGUUUGUAAUGCAUCUGGCUAGUACAGCCUUUUCAGUAUUACUCCCAGGCAUGGAAGUGUGCCACUAUAAAACCUGUCCCUUAACGCUCAUUACACACCGCUCGUAAUGUCACCAAAGAGGUGUGGAGAUUUGUUGGUGGUGUUGGGUCAUUUCAUACUCCACUGGGAUUUAAAGGGGACUCUUGAUCAUUUUCAACUUUAUAUCCCGGCUUACUAAUACAAUAACUCCUAUAACCCUCACUAUACGUGUAGGUCUAAUCUCAGUCCUUGUCUUUACAUGCUAUUACAUUGUAAAAGUGCCUUUGAUGGUGGUAACCGUUUUUAUUCUAUGCAGUGCAAGUUAGCAUAUUGUAAUGUAUCAUUUGGCAGGUUAUUUAAAUUGUUGACUUAUGUUUGUUUACAGCUCUCCGCCUAUGGAGGAAGUCUGGUCUAUACAGUUUCAUAUGAUGAAGGGGAAAAAGACCAGGAUAUCAGGGUUAACUCUGCUCCUAAUGUCAUCACAGGGGUAAGUGUAUAUAGCCUCAUUAGCAUGGACAUACAACUACACUGAACAAAAAUAUAAACGCAACAUGCAACAAUUUCAAAGAUUUUACUGACUUACAGUUCAUAUAAGGAAAUCAGUCAAUUGAAAUAAAUUCAUUAGGCCCUAAUCUAUGGAAAUCUACGGAAAUAUAUGCAUCUGUUGGUCACAGAUACCUUCAAAAAAAGGUAGGGGAGUGGAUCAGAAAACCAGUCAGUAUCUGGUGUGACAACCAUUUGUCUCAAGCAGCACAACACAUCUCCUUCGCAUAGAGUUGAUCAGGCUGUUUAUUGUGGUCUGUGGAAUGUUGCCCCACUCCUCUUCAAUGGCUGUGCGAAGUGGCUGGAUAUUUGCAGGAACUGGAAUACGCGGUCGUACAUGUCGAUCCAGAGCAUCUCAAACAUGCUCAAUGGGUGACAUGUCUGGUGUGUAUGCAAAGGAUCCAAAUAGGUCAGAUCAGGUUUGCAAUGAAUAACUUCAACCAGACCCCCUCUCACCAACAGAGAGGGGGAGGAGGGAACUGUGGGGUUUUGACACUUCACGCCCUGUUGUAAGUCAAAGGUGAGGAGAUCCAGGGUCUCCCUCUCCAAAUUUACAAAGGAAUGUGCUUUGUUCCAGAGACCUUUUCCCGCUGAAACUUUAACACGUUCAAAAGCGAAUACUGGAACAAUAUUCCUAACAGAGAACGUGGGGAAUGGUCAGAGGCGAUCUAAAGAAAACUAAUGUCGUUUGGUUGGUUAUUUUGUGCUGUCAUUAAAAAUGUUAUAAAGGAAAUACUGUAACUUAUUAAGUAUACCCACUGCAUGUACGAAGUUUCCAUCCGAUGCGUUGUGCAUGAAAUAUGAAAAAUGUAUUUUUGUUAAAAUAGGGAUGUGAUUUUAGCAGAUAAUGGUUUUACAUAAAACUUUGCACAGUAAGUAGCCACGCUCCGAGUGAGGUCAGAGAGUGUGUCAGCCUGACGGAACCGGCCCUUUCGACCAAAGUACAUAAAAGGAUUGGUAAAGACAUUAACAUUUAGACCAGAAAGACGCCUAGCUACAGCUGCGCGUUUAAAGUGGUUUGAACUCUGAAUUGCAAAACGAGGUGGAGAAGAAAACUCCCCUCCCGGAUAAUCACUGGUACAGCUGAUUAGCUGUCCUAAGUACAAUAUCUUGGAAAGUGAAGUUAAGUGGGACCAUUCUACUACUCUAUUCAAGCUAUGCUAUUAUGCUAUCCUACUAUGCUAUUGUCAUCACCCCACUGGGGAACCAUCGAAACAUAAACCAGAACGAGUGGAAGGAAAAUCCAUUCUGUAGUUCUGUUCAGGACUACAUGACAAGUCACAGGACAUCGGACAACUACAGAGGAGAACAACAGUAUAAGACUUGUUGUAGCUCUUUCGGACAAUUAGAGCCUUACGAGCGAGCCGCAAGAAGGACCAACUCUCUUUCCAGGGUGGCCCAGUUCCAAGAGCUACACGGCGGUACCUCACGUAAAUACAUUCAUGAUUUCUUACUCCAAGCGGGCGGCGGUUUGUGUGCAAAGUAUAGGAGAACUAUAAGUGAGAGUAGUUUCUAAAUGUACCAACGUUAAGUGUCUGUCACGACUUCCUCCGAAGCUGCCUCCUCUCCUGGUUCGGGCAGGCUUCGGCGUUCGUCGUCACCGGCCUCCUAGCCACUGCCGCUCCUCAUCUCAUCAUUCCAUUUGUUUUGUCUUGUUUAUUACACACACCUGGUUCAUAUCCCCUCAUCAGUACCUGUAUAAGUGUUCCCUCUGCCCCCUUGUCUUUGUGUGUGAUUGUUAUUGUGUGGAGAGUGAAGCUCGGUUGAGCUCCUUGUAUUUUGUAUUGCCGGGUUCUUUCCCUGUGUGCAUUGUUAGUUCCAGUGCGCCUGUUUUGCGCAAUGGACUGUUUUGACGCAUUACUGAGUAACUCUGUAUUCCGGAAUAAAUCCUGUUAUUCUGUGAUUUACCCUCCUGCGCCUGACUCCUUCAAAUCACCCAUCACAGAAUCACACAUGGAGUCAGCAGGAGAGGAGCACAUGCCUGGAGUCGUGGCACGGGUCUGGGAGCAUCCGAUAAUGCUAGCCAGCUUGGGAGAAGCAAUGGAUCGGGUUCUCCAGGUCGUCCAAUGCCUGGAGAGGAGAGGACCCGGUCUGUCGGGACCAGCUGGGUGACCGGAUCCAGCCACCCACACCCCAGCACCCAGAGGGAGCCAUAUAUCCCGACCACGGGAUUUCGACGGGACAGCUGCUCUCUGCCAGGGUUUCCUCCUCCAAAUGGAGCUUUACUAUUCAAGCAUCAGCCCGGCCCCAUCGAAGCGGUAGAAGGUGUCCGCCCUCGUCUCCUGCCUCUCGGGGAAAGCCCUGGAAUGGGCCAACGCGGUCUGGAAUGAAGGUGGAGCUGCGUUGGACAACUACAGUGAGUUUGCUCGCCUCUGUCGGGCUGUCUUCGAUCACCCGCCCGAGGGUAGAGAGGCGGGUGAGCGGCUGGUCCACCUGAGGCAGGGGACGAGGACCGCGCAGGACUUCGCCCUGGAGUUUCGAACUCUAGCAGCUGGGUCCGGGUGGAACGAGCGGGCCCUCAUCGUUCUUUUGGGUCUGGAGGCGGCAGGCAGGGCACUCGUUCAGAGCCCUCUGCUUCGCACUGUACCCUACCCAUCCACUUUCCUUAUUACAUUGUAGUUCCCCAGUGUAAGGCACUGGUCAAUUUAGGCGCAGCUGGGAACUUUAUGGACAGGUCAUUUUCACAUAGUCUAGGCAUUACAUUGGUUCCCCAAUCCAUUCCACUCACCAUCAGAGCACUUGACAGUCGACCAUUAGGGUCAGGGUUCUUAGGGAGGUUACAGCACCAGUCACUAUGGUUACACACAUGACUCAUCGAGAGAAAGUCACUUUUUUAUUAUUAUUGAGUGUCCUGAUUUCCCUGUUGUGUUAGGUCUUCCCUGGUUAGCGCUCCACAACCCCACCUUUUCAUGGCCGCAGAGGGUUCUCACGGGGUGGUCGCGAGAGUGUCAGGGUAGGUGUUUAGGUUUUUCCGUUGAUGCAACCAUGGUGGAAAGUCCAGACAGUACCUCCACCGUGUGCAUUCCCCCCGAAUACCUUGAUUUGGCGCACGCGAUUUCCAAAUCGCAGGCGAUUAAAUGACCAACUCAUCGGGCGGGGGAUUGCGCGAUAAACCUCCGGGUAGAUGCUGUGCCUCCCAGGAGUCAUGUGUAUCCCCUGUAACAGGCUGAAACAGAGGCUAUUUUUAUUUUGUAUUUAACCUUUAUUUAACCAGGUAAGCCAGUUGAGAACAAGUUCUCAUUUGCAACUGCGACCUGGCCAAGAUAAAGCAAAGCAGUGCGGUAAAAAAAACAACAACACAGAGUUACAUAUGGAAUAAACAAAACGUACAGUCAAUAACACAAUAUAAAAUCUAUAUACAGUGUGUGCAAAUGUAGUAAGUUAUGGAGGUAAGGCAAUAAAUAGGCCAUAGUGCAAAAUAAUUACAAUUAUAAUUUAGUAUUAACACUGGAGUGAUAGAUGUGCAGAAGAUGAUGUGCAAAUAGAGAUACUGGGGUGCAAAUGAGCAAAAUAAAUAACAAUGUAAAUAACAAUAUGGGGAUGAGGUAGUUGGGUGGGCUAAUUACAGAUGGGCUGUGUACAGGUGCAGUGAUCGGUUAUCUGCUCUGACAACUGAUGCUUAAAGUUAGUGAGGGAGAUAAGUGUCUCCAGCUUCAGAGAUUUAUGCAGUUCGUUCCAGUCAUUUGCAGCAGAGAACUGGAAGGAAUGGCGACCAAAGGAGGUGUUGGCUUUGGGGAUGACCAGUGAGAUAUUCCUGCUGGAACGCAUACUACGGGUGUGUGUUGCUAUGGUGACCAAUGAGCUAAGAUAAGGCGGGGAUUUGCCUAGAAGUGAUUUAUAGAUAGGCUUUGUUGCGCAAUAGGAAGCCGAUUCUCGAUUUAACUUUGGAUUGGAGAUGCUUAAUGUGAGUCUGGAAGGAGAGUUUACAGUCUAACCAGACACCUAGGUAUUUGUAGGUGUCCACAUAUUCUAAGUCAGACCCGCCGAGAGUAGUGAUUCUAGUCGGGCAGGCGGGUGUAAGCAGCGUUCGAUUGAAGAGCAUGCAUUUAGUUUUACUAGCGUUUAAGAGCAGUUGGAGGCCCCGGAAGGAGUGUUGUAUGGCAUUAAAGCUCGUUUGGAGGUUUGUUAACACAGUGUCCAAUGAAGGGCCAGAUGUAUACAAAAUAGAGACAUAAGUCUCAGAGUCCCUGCGCCUGGGGUUUAUAGGUCCCUCCACUUCUCCCGCCUCCUCGAGUUUCUUUUUUGUGAAUAAGAAAGACGGAGGUCUGCGCCCUUGCUUUGAUUACCGAUCACUGAACAAGGGGACGAUACGAUUUAGUUAUACUCUACCCCUCAUUCCAUCUGUGAUCGAGUCAAUGUAUGGGGCGUGCUUCUUCACAAAAUUAGAUCUCCGGAGUGUGUACAACCUGGUGCGUGUCCGAGAGGGGGACGAGUGGAAGACAGCAUUCAGCACAACCACGGGGCAUUACGAAUACCUGGUGGUGCCUUAUGGUUUGAUGAAUGCUCCAUCCGUCUUCCAUUCCUUUGUGAACGAGGUGUUUCGGGACAUGCUUGGUCACGGUGUAGUGGUCUACAUCAAUGACAUUCUGGUGUAUUCCGCUACGCGCGCCGAGCAUGUGUCCCUGGUUCGCAAAGUGCUGGCCCGACUGUUGGAACAUUACCUCUAUGCCAAGGCAGAAAAGUGUCUGUUUUUCCAACAGUCCGUCUCCUUCCUCGGAAACCACAUUACCACCUCAGGUGUGGAGAUGGAGGGAGAUUGCAUUUCAGCCGUGCGUAAUUGGCCGACUCCAACCACGGUAAAGGAGGUGCAGCACAUUAUUAGCUUUGCCAACUACUAUCGGAGGUUUAUCUGUGGCUUUGGCUGUCAGGUCUCCUCCCGUUGCUCCCCUCCGGCGCUCUGAUUCGCCAGUCUACUGAGCCACCAGUCUGAGCGCACCACCUCGGCAACACCGGAAUGGAAACCCAACGCACCCUAAUCACCUCCAGCGCACCUGCACCUCAUCAUCUCAUCACCACCUCUAUUUAGCCCUGGACUGUUCUGUAAUAUGUUGUGUGUGAUUGUUUAGCUUCGUGUCGUGUACUCUAUCUUUGUUAUUUCUCUUUGUCAUUGUUUAAGUAAACCUUGACCUUGUUAAUUCCUGCGUCUGCGUCCUGCCUCUUCGUAUACUCAGUACUCGUCACAGAAUCACACACCAAAUGAAAAUGGAUGCAGCAGGAGUUUCCCAGUGCCUCGACCAGCACCAGCAGCAGCUUGCCCAGUUGAACGCCGCCAUGCAGGAAGUGCUCCAAACUCUGCAUAAUCUGCCCAGUGCUCCGGUUCCACGUCAGGGAGCGGCGAGUGCCCCCAAUCCACCUAUUCCCGGGCUAUCACCUACUUCUGUGGGAACCCUCGCCCUACCGGAGUGCUAUGACGGUAAAACUAUUAAAUAUAGCGGCUUCCUGCUACAGAUUUCACUUUAUCUGGCGCGUCAGCCUGGGGCAUAUCCAUCUGACCAAGCCAGGAUAGUGCUGGUGAUUUCUCUACUUAAAGGAAAGGUGCUGGAUUGGGCCAUGGCAGUCUGGGAAGGAGAGGAGGCAGUGGCACUACCCUACGCCACCUUCCUCUCUCGGUUCAGGGCGGUGUUUGAUCAUUCCACGGAGGGAAAGGACGGGGGUGAGCGUCUCCUCCAUCUACAACAGAGAGAGGGGCCCGCGUCUGAGUACGCUCUGAGCUUUCGCACGGUGGCAGCGUCAUCCGGCUGGAAUGAGCGUGCUCUGCGCACGGCCUUCAGGAAAGGCUUACGGGAGGACAUCAAGACGGAACUCGCAUGUCGGGACGACAAGAUGGACCUUGAUACUCUCAUCACCACGUCCAUCCGUCUUGACGACAUGUUGAGAGAGAGACGGCGUUCCCAACACCUCCCAGAGCCUCGACGCUCACCCCAUCUGAGCUAUGGAAGCAGCCCUGCUUCCGAGUCCUCACCAAUGGAGGUAGGCAGCACCCCCUACACCACCACGGACCACAGAUCUCCUGGCGGCUCCCUAUCUUGGCGGUAUGACUCCCGUCGCCGCUCCGUGAGUGUUAUGUCAGCUCCUAUCACAAAACCAUUGUUUUUAGUCCCCAUAACGGUGUCUGGUUAUUCCUUCUCUUCCAUUUCUACUGCUAUGAUAGAUUCCGGAUCAGCGGGGAAACAUUGUAGAUAGGGAGCUGGUCUCUGAAUGGUGGUUGCCCACCGUGCCACUGCCAUCUCCGCUACACGUCAACACAUUGGACAAUAAACCCCUUGGAUCAGGCACUAUUCCGCACGUCACUCUCCCCAUCACCAUCACCAUUCCCGCACCACGAGGAGCUGUCAUUCCACAUCAUCACGUCACCCCUUCCCCGGAUCGUCUUGGGAUUGCCCUGGCUCAGACUACACAACCCCACCAUCAAUUGGAGCACCAAGAGGAUCACAGCCUGGUCUGCCUCAUGCCGGAAGACCUGCCUGCCGGUGGUUUGUUGUUCCACGUCAGUGGAGAGUCCGGAGUCCGCCCUCCAGCCCAACAUUCCACGUGAGUAUGCAGAUCUCUCCGAUGUCUUCUCUUCAGUAAAGGCUACGUGUCUCCCUCCUCACAGGCCCUGGGACUGCGCCAUUGACCUGCUGGAGGGACAACACCCCCCGAAGAGUCGCAUUUACCCCCUUUCCAUGCCGGAGACUGAGGCCAUGGAGAAGUAUGUGGUGGAGACCCUGAAACAGGGGUUCAUCAGACGCUCUACCUCUCCUGCCUCCGCCAGCUUCUACUUCAUGGCCAAAAAGGACGGAGGACUGAGACCAUGCAUUGACUACAGGGGGCUGAACGCAGUCACCACCAAGUACUGGUACCCCCUCCGUCUGGUUCCGUCGGCCAUCGAGCAGAUACGAAGGGCCCGGUACUUUACCAAGUUGGACCUGAGGAGUGCCUACAACCUGAUCCGAAUCUGGGAAGGAGAUGAGUGGAAGACGGCAUUCAGCACUACCUCAGGCCACUAUGAAUACUGCGUCAUGCCCUACGGCCUCGCCAACGCUCCUUCUGUGUUCCAGUCCUUCGUCAAUGAUGUGUUCCGGGACAUGCUGAGUAGACAGGUGGUGGUGUACAUCGACGAUAUCCUGAUCUACUCGGCUACGUUCGAGGAGCACGUCAGGGACGUCCGAGCUGUCCUACUCCGCCUCCGGGAACACAGUCUGUUGGUGAAGGGGAAAAAUGCGAAUUCCACCAACAGGCCAUCUCCUUCCUGGAAUACCGGAUCAGUCCUCAGGGGGUGUUCAUGGAAAGAGUGAAGACGGACGCCGUCAGGUGAUGGCCAGUUCCCACCACCAUCAAGGGCCUACAGAGCUUCCUGGGCUUCGCUAAUUUCUACCGGCGUUUCAUCAGGUCCUUCAGCUCCAUAGACGCCCCACUCAGCUCUCUCCUUAAGGGUGGGCCUCAGAAGCUGGCCUGGAACCCUGAGGCUGACGCUGCCUUCAAGAGGCUGAAGGAGAGGUUCACCACAGCGCCCAUCCUAAAACAACCAGAUCCAUCUCGUCCUUUCAUCCUGGAGUUGGACGCAUCGGAGGAGGGCGUGGGUGCGGUCCUCUCCCAUCGGCACGGUAAGGCAGAGAAAACGUAUCCCUGUGCCUUUUUCUCUAAAAAGCUUACCCCUGCAGAGAGGAACUAUGGAGUUGGAGACAGGGAGCUGUUGGCGUUGGUCCUUGCUCUGGAGGAAUGGAGACACUGGCUGGAGGGCGCAGUCCAUCCAUUCCGGAUUCUUACUGACCACAGGAAUUUGGAGCACAUAUGGGCAGUGAAACGGAUGAACUCUCGUCAAGCCAGGUGGGCCCAUUUUUCUCACUCGCUUCCAAAUUAUUCUGUCCUACCGACCAGGAUCCCAGAAUGUGAAGGCCGACGCACUCUCCAGGAUGCACCAUACCGGAGAAAGGAAGGAUCUGGGGGGUCCUAUCCUGCCCUCGUCUCUCAUCAUUGCACCUGUCGUUUGGAAUGUGAAUGAAGACAUCUGCCUGGCGGCUCAGGAGGACCCAGCGCCUGCCAACGCCCCUCCGGGGCGCAUGUAUGUACCCACCAGUGUCCGUGACCGCCUGCUGAUCUGGAUGCACACUACCCUUACGGCAGGGAACUCUGGUAUUACGCGCACCCUGCAUUCUCUAGCCCCAAAAUACUGGUGGCACACCUUGGCUUCUGAUGUCUCCCGCUAUGUCAACUCCUGUUCCGUAUGUGCCCAAACGAAGACACCUCGGAACACCCCGGCAGGCAAACUAGUGCCUCUCACAGUGCCUCAGCGACCUUGGUCACACCUGUCCAUAGACUUUGUCACCGAUCUUCCACGUUCUGACGGCUUCACCACAGUCAUGGUGGUCGUAGAUCGGUUCUCCAAAUCAUGCCGUUUUUUGCCACUAACUGGUCUUCCUUCUGCUCUCCAGGUCGCUGAGGUCCUGUUCCAACAGGUCUUCCGGAAUUAUGGACUUCCGGAGGACAUCGUCUCGGACCAUGGCCCCCAAUUCACCUCCCGAGUGUGGAAGGCUUUCCUGGAGAAGAUCGGGGCCAUGGCCAGCCUCACUUCCAGGUAUAGGCCUCAGUCAAAUGGGCAGGUGGAGCGCAUGAACCAGGAGCUGGGGAGGUUUCUUCAUUUCCACUGUCAGGACCGGAAAGGUGAGUGGGCAAGGUUUCUUUCCUGGCAGAAAAUGCCCAGAAUUCACUCCUCCACGGGGCUCACUCCCUUUCAGUGCGUCCUGGGGUACCAGCCGGCCCUGGACCCUUGGACACCCUGCCAGACCGAUGCGCCCGCUGUCGACGAGAGGGUCCACAGGGCCGGACAGGUCUGGGACGCAGCCCAUGUCCAUCUCUAGAGGGCCAUUCGUCGGCAGAAGGACCAAGCCGACCGCCACCCAGUGAGGCCCCUGUAUUCCAGCCUGGGGAUCGCGUCUGGCUGUCCACCAAAAACCUCCCUCUCCAUCUGCCCUGCAAGAAACUGAGCUCCCGUUUUGUGGGGCCGUUUAAGGUCCUCCGGCGGAUAAAUGAGGUAUCAUACCAGCUGCUCCUUCCCCCUCACUACCGUGUCUCAUCCACUUUUCAUGUGUCUCUCCUCAGGCCGGUGGUUCCUGGUCCUCUGGCGGAUGCCGUCCCCCGGGGUACGCCUCCUCCGCCCCUGGACAUUGACGGGAGUCCGGCGUAUGCAGUGAGGGAUCUGCUGGACUCCAGGUUCCGUGGGGGACGGAUACAUUACCUGAUGGACUGGGAGGGGUGUGGUCCUGAGGAGAGGAGCUGGGUUCCGGCUGGGGACGUUCUGGACCCCAACCUAAUUCGGGAGCUGGAGCCGCGCCUCCGGAGGGGGGGGGGUACUGUCACGUCUCCUCCCGUUGUUCCCCUCCGGCACUCUGAUUCUCCGGUCUACUGAGCCACCGGUCUGAGCGCACCACCUCGGCAACACCGGAAUGGAAACCCAAUGCACCCUAAUCACCUCCAGCGCACCUGCACCUCAUCAUCUCAUCACCACCCCUAUUUAGCCCUGGACUGUUCUGUAAUAUGUUGUGUGUGAUUGUUUAGCUUCGUGUCGUGUUGUUAUUUCUCUUUGUAAUUGUUUAAGUAAAUCUUGACCUUGUUAAUUCCUGCGUCUGCGUCCUGCCUCUUCGUAUACUCAGUACUCGUCACAUUGGCAAGGUCGCAGCGCCCAUCACAUCUCUGUUGAAGGGUGGGCCGGCCCGGCUCCGCUGGUCUGCUGAGGCUGACAGGGCCUUCAGUAACCUGAGGGGUCUGUUCACCUCAGCCCCGGUACUGGCCCACCCCAAUCCAUCACUACCAUUCGUACUGGAGGUGGAUGCGUCCGAGGUAGGGAUAGGCGCGGUCCUAUCUCAACGCUCGGGCAUGUCACCCAAGCUCCGCCCCUGUGCCUUCUUCUCCAAGAAUCUCAGCCCGGCAGAGCAGAACUACGACAUUGGUGAUCGGGAGCUGUUGGCUGUUGUCCGAGCCCUGACCGUGUGGAGGCACUAGCUCGAAGGGGCGAAACACCCUUUCCUCAUCUGGACGGACCACCGUAACCUGGAGUACAUCCGGGCAGCGAGGAGGCUGAAUCCUCGCCAGGCCAGGUGGGCCCUAUUCUUCACCCGGUUUGAUUUUACACUAUCAUACAUCCCGGGUGCAAAGAACGUAAAGGCAGACGCACUGUCACGGCUGUACGACACAGGAGAGGCCCAGAGACAACACCCCCAUACUCCCGGCCUCCUUUAUUGUGGCGCCGGUAGUAUGGGCGAUGAACGCGGAUAUGGAGCAGGCAUUACGCACAGAGCCAUCUCCACCUCAGUGUCCAGCUGGGCUGCAGUACAUGCCUGCUCUUCUCUGUGACCGUCUGAUCUAUUGGGCACACAUGUCCCCCUCCUCUGGUCACCCAGGUAUUGCUCGUACAGUGCGCUGCCUGACCGGAAAGUACUGGUGGCCUACCUUGGCUAAGGACGUGAGGGUGUAUGUCUCCUCCUGCUCGGUGUGCGCCAUGAGUAAGGCACCUAGGCACCUCCCAGCGGGUAAGUUACAGCCUUUACAAGUUCCACAACGGCAAUGGUCCCACUUGAGUAUUGAUUUCCUUCCUAAUCUUCCCCUCUCUCAAGGUAACACCACCAUCCUGGUCGUUGUGGACCGCUUUUCCAAAGCCUGCAUCCUCCUUUCUCUGCCCGGUCUCCCCACGGCCCUGCAGACUGUGUAGGCCCUGUUUACACACUUCUUCCGGCACUACGGGGUACCAGAGGACAUAGUGUCUGACCGGGGUCCCCAGUUCACAUCCAAGGUCUGGAAGUCAUUCAUGGAAUGUCUGGGGGUCUCGGUCAGCCUGACCUCUGGUUUUCACCCCGAGUCUAAUGGGCAGGUGGAACGUGUGAAUCAGGAAGUGGGUAGGUUCCUGCGGUCCUACUGCCAGGACCGGCCGGGGGAGUGGUCAGUGCUCUUGCCAUGGGCUGAAUAUGCCCAGAACUCUCUCCGUCACUCCUCCGCUACCUAAUGUCAUUCCAAUGUGUUUUAGGUUAUCAACCGGUUCUGGCACCAUGGCAUCAGAGCCAGACCGAGGCUCCUGCGGUGGAUGACUGGUUUCGGUGGCGCGGAGGAGACAUGGAAUGCUGCUCACGUCCACCUCCAACACGCCGUGUGUCGUCAGAAGGCCAAUGCUGACUGCCUCCGCAGUGAGGCCCCGGUCUUUGUACCAGGUGAUCAGGUCUGGCUCUCGACCAGGAAUCUGCCCCUCCGCCUGCCCUGCCGGAAGCUGAGCCCGCAGUUUGUGGGGCCAUUCAAAGUCCUGAGGAGAAUAAACGAGGUUACCUAUAGGUUAUUACUCCCGCCGGAUUAUCGUAUUAACCCCUCGUUCUAUGUGUCUCUCCUCAGGCAGGUGGUGGCUGGUCCGCUCCAGGAGUCUGAGGUGUGGGAGGUCGCUCCGCCUCCUCUGGACAUCGAGGGGGCCCCGGCGUACUCCGUCCGUUCCAUCCUGGAUUCGAGGCGUCGGGUGGGAGGCCUUCAGUACCUCGUGGAGUGGGAGGGGUACGGUCCGGAGGAAUGGUGCUGGGUCCCGUUGAGGGAUAUCCUCGAUCCCUCCUCCCUGUUGCGGGAUUUCCACCGUUGCCAUCCGGCUCGCCCUGCUCCGCGUCCUCCUGGCCGUCCCCGAGGCCGGUUUAGGCGCGCUGCUGGAGCUGCACGUCAAGGGGGGGAGGGGGGGGGGGGGGGGUACUUUCACGACUUCCUCCGAAGCUGCCUCCUCUCCUGGUUCGGGCAGGCUUCGGCAUUCAUCGUCACCGGCCUUCUAGCCACUGCCGCUCCUCAUCUCAUCAUUCCAUUUGUUUUGUCUUGUUUAUUACACACAUCUGGUUCAUAUCCCCUCAUCAGUACCUAUUUAAGUGUUCCCUCUGCCCCCUUGUCUUUGUGUGUGAUUGUUUAUUGUGUGGAGAGUGAAGCUCGGUUGAGCUCCUUGUAUUUUAUAUUGCCGGGUUCUUUUCCCUGUGUGCCUUGUUUGUUCCAGUGUGCCUGUUUUGCGCAAUGGACUGUUUUGACGCAUUGCUGCUUAACUCUGUAUUCCGGAAUAAAUCCUGUUAUUCUGUGAUUUACCCUCCUGCACCUGACUCCUUCAAAUCACCCAUCACAGUGUCUCUGUCCCUGUCUCUCUACCUCUCCAUGUUUUUUGUAACAAGCAGUGAUGUUGUCAGUCCGCUAGGGACUUGUUUUUAAUGUAUUAAGUGUGUAUGUUAUCCUGCAUUUCCAUUUAGUUAGCUAGUAAAUAAAUAAAUAAUUAAACCAAUUUGUGUAGUACUGAAUCAUAAGGAAGGCUCGGGUUUUUGCAGAUGCAAGGAGGUUACAAUGUUCAGAAUAAGUACAUGAUACAAGGUUAUGAUUAACAAGUUGACUGUUUAUCGAUGUGAUAGGUAUAGACCUUCUAGAGUUUAAUUCGGGAGAUGGUAACUCUUUAAACAACCGCUCUCGUGGUGCCCCAAAUCCUAAUGAGUAAAUUUUUACAUGAUUAAUUUAAUUUGAGAAAUAACAGUCUUCAGAUUAAUGUUAAAAGUCACGUCACGACAAGGCCAUGGAAGAACUGGGACAUUUUCAGCUUCCAGGACAGAUCCAUGGGGCCGUGCAUUAUCAUGCUGAAACAUGAGGUGAUGGCAGUGGAUGAAUGGCACAACAAUGGGCCUCAGGAUCUCGUCACGGUAUCUCUGUGCAUUCAAAUUGCCAUCGAUAAAAUGCAAUUGUGUUAAUUGUCAGUAGCUUAUGCCUGCCCAUACCAUAACCCCACCGCCACCAUGGGGCACUCUGUUCACAACUUUGACAUCAGCAAACCGCUCACCCAUACGACACCAUACACGCUGUCUGCCAUCUGCCCGGUACAGUUGAAACCGGGAUUCACGUAGAUGAACUUCCCUGAGAUGGUUUCUGACAGUUUGUGCAGAAAUUCUUGGUUGUGCAAACCCACAGUUUCAUCAGCUGUCCGGGUGGCUGGUCUCAGACGAUCCCACAGGUGAAGAUGCCGGAUGUGGAGGUCCUGGGCUGGCAUGGUUACACGUGGUCUGCGGUUGUGAGGCCGGUUGGACGUACUGCCAUAUUCUCUAAAACGACGUUGGAGGCUGCUUAUGGUAGAGAAAUGAUCAUUACAUUCUCUGGCAACAUCACUGGUGGACAUUCCUGCAGUCAGCUUGCCAAUUGCUUGAGACAUCUGGGGCAUUGUGUUGUGUGACAAAACUGUUCAUUUAGAGUGGCCUUUUAUUUUUUUUAUUGUCCCCAGCACAAGGUUCACCUGUGUAAUGAUCAUGCUGUUUAAUCAGCUUCUUGAUAUGCCACUCCUGUCAGGUGGAUGGAUUGUCUUGGCAAAGGAGAUAUGCUUUUUUAACAGGGAUGUAAAACAAAUUUGUGCACAACAUUUGAGAGAAAUAAGCUUUUUGUGCGUAUGGAACAUUUCUGAGAUAUUUUAUUUCAGCACAUGAAACAUGGGACCAACACUUUACAUGUUGCGUUUAUAUUUUUGUUCAGUGUACUUUAGGUUAGGUGCCAACAAGAACUCAUUCAUAGAGCAAGUGCUAACAUAGAGAAUGUUGGUCAAAGUCAUGUUCAACCUGAUUGGCCCAGACUGAUCAUGUGACAUGUCCCUCUGCAGUUCUAAAGAUCCUUUUAUCUUUUGUUGAAUUUCACGCCAGACAUGUCUGAAUGAUAUGUCUGUUUUCAUUUUAAAAAAGGUUUGGUGCAAAACUAUGUGUUGUGUGUGUGUGCGCGCGCGCGCGUGUGCAUGCGUGUUGGUGUGUGUGUGCACAUCUCUGUGUCUGUGUGUGCUCCUAGGUAUUAGACAGCAUCUGGCUGUCAUUAGCUGAUCGUCCAAAAAUGAGCUCAGCUUGGUAGUGCUGCAGUCUUUUGUGUCCCAUAUGCAGUUUUCUUACAAAUUCCUGCUGGUCCCCAUGGCAGUGCUCUAUCUUUCUCACACAGGGUAACUUCAAUGAAGAGGUUACUCAGAGAAGAAGGCUAGUGUGGAAUAAUGCGAGACAAAAUUCAUGUUUGGAUAUCUACAGAGUUGUCUACCGAAAUCGAUACAAGCUUGCGAAUAAGACAAGAAUGAGUUCUUCGAAGUGAGGAUCCUUCAUCAAAUUAAGCAUGGAGGUUGUUUCUCAGAGUAGACUUUAAUGCUUUUUACAAGUGCUCUGUUGACAAAGCUGUAUCAUCCAACAUGACAGCAAUGGCUGAAAUGUAUAUAUUUUUAUAUUAUAACCAUAUAAUAAUAUAUAAAUAAUAAUAAUAAUAUGCCAUUUAGCAGACGCUUUUAUCCAAAGCGACUUACAGUCAUGCGUGCAUAAUUUUUUUUUGUGUAUGGGUGGUCCCGGGGAUCGAACCCACUACCUUGGCGUUACAAGCGCCGUGCUCUACCAGCUGAGCUACAGAGGACCAUAUAACAAACACUGUUCAUUAACAUGAACAUAGAGUAGUCCCCAGAGAAGUUUGUAUCUAUUCAGUUGGUCUAACUCUAUACUAAACCAUGCCUCUGCAUUAGUUUGUGCAGCACUCAGAAGAUACACUACAUUACCAAAGUACAUCUCGUUCCAAAAUCAUGGGCAUUAAUAGGGGGUUGUUCCACCCUUUGCUGCUAUAACAGCCUCCACUCUUCUGGGAAGGCUUUCCACUAGAUAUUGGAACGUUGCUGCUGGGACUUGCUUCCAUUCAGCCACGAGCAUUAGUGAGGUCGGGCACUGAUGUUGGGCGAUUAGGCUUGGCUUGCAGUCGGCGUUCCAAUUCAUCCCAAAGGUGUUCGAUGGGGUUGAGGUCAGGGCUCUGUGCAGGCCAGUCAAGUUCUUCUACACCGAUCUCAAGAAACCAUUUCUAUAUGGACCUCGCUUUGUGCAUGGGUGCAUUGUCAUGCUGAAACAGGAAAGGGCCUUCCCUAAACUGUUUCCACAAAGUUGGAAGCACAGAAUCGUCUAGAUUGUCAUUGUAUGCUGUAGCGUUAAGAUUUCCUUUCACUGGAACUAAGGGACCAUUAUUCCUCCUCCCCCAAACUUUACAGUUGGCACUAUGCAUUGGGGCAGGUAGCAUCCGCCAAACCCAGAUUUGUUCGUCGGACUGCCAGAUGGUGAAGCGUGAUUCAUCACUACAGAGAAUGUGUUUCCACUGCUCCAGAGUCCAAUGGCGGCGAGCUUUACACCACUCCAGCCAACGCUUGGCAUUGCACAUGGUGAUCUUAGGCUUGUGUGCGGCUGUUCGGCCAUGGAAACCCAUUAAAUGAAGCUCCCGACGAACAGUUAUUGUGCAGUUUGGAACUCGGUAGUGAGUGUUACAGACGAUUUUUACGCACUACGCGCGUCAGCGCUCGGCGGUCCCGUUCUGUGUGCUUGUAUGGCCUACCACUUCACGGCUAAGUCGUUGUUGCUCCUAGACGUUUCCACUUCACAAUAACAGCACUAACAGUUGACCGGGGCAGCUCUAGCAGGCCAGAAAUUUGAUGAACUGACUUGUUGGAAAGGUAGCAUCCUAUGACGGUGUCACGUUGAAAGUCACUGAGCUCUUCAGUAAGGCCAUUCUACUGCCAAUGUUUAUCUAUGGAGAUUGCAUGGCUGUGCACUCAAUUUUAUACACCUGUCAGCAACGGGUGUGGCUGAAAUAGCAGAAUCCACUAAUUUGAAGGGUUGUCCACAUACUUUUGGGUAUAUAUAGUAUAUCUCACAGCAAAGGCUCUCUGAGGCCUAUCCGAUUGUCACGUAAAAAUGAUUUGUUUCGUUUGAUUAAUAUAGGUAUGGGGUCCCAAUCGCACGCUGCUCUGAAUAAAGGCCUGCUUCAUUAUCUACUCCUCAGUCGUGAAACGGUCAAUAAAAGGCCCCGCUUUGAAGUCAGCUGUUCUAUUGUUCUAUUGUCGCUCACACAACUUUGCCGAAGCGGUGUGCGAAUCAAUUAAAGGAUUUAUUAUAGAGUUGUUUAAUCAUUCCUAACAUGGAGUAGAUGACCGGCGGUGACCUUGGGAGUGAUGCGCAACACACACUUUUUCUCUAUCGUCCGUUCUCGCCGUCGUCUUGGGCUAUUACGCUAGCAAGGUGUCCUUUUAUUAACUCUCUAUCGUGGACCAGCGGUUCAUCUGUCAUCAUUUUCAUCUUCAGUCAGCCGUGUGCCAUGAGAGGAUUCAUUUGCUGUCUUUUAUUUGUGUGUGUGUGAUCCAUGAGGAAUGUGUUGAGGUUUUCUCCCUCAACACUGUGCUCUGAAUGAAGGGAUUCAUACACACGCACACACACAUGCAUGCCCAGACACACACACAUUCAUGGACACACACACACAGUCACUGACACACACACACACACACACACACACACACACACACAGUCACGGACACAGUCACGCAAAUGCGAUGUGACAUUGAUAUGUAUGUCCUCUUGGCCUCUUUACAAAAGCUGGAGAACUCAGAUCAUGAUUACAUCCUUUGAGUUUAUCCUGAAUAAUGAGUUUAUCCAGUGGAUCUCUCAACCAGCAAGAGAGCCUGCUCUCUAGUUCAAUCAAUGAUCAAAUGCUCUUCUAACAACACAAUUUCAACCCUUUUCAAUCCAAAAUAUGCUGUUUUUACUGAUUGUUGGAUGAUAUCCGUGGAGGUUGGUCAGAGAGAUCCCUCUUCAGCUUCAGUGUGUAUUUGUUAUACUGGUGUUCGUACAUGACUGUUUGAAUUAUGAGUUUGAGGGAGCCAGCCACAUUAGUGUCAGAUGACAGCCACCUAAGCUCAGUCACUGGGUUUUAUUCAUAUAUUGCAGAGAGGAGAGCACUUGUCCUAUGUGAGAUGGGGGAGGAGCCGAGAUGUAUGACAGGUCUUUAUUGAUAGUUAAACCCUGCUUUGCAUGUAGACUCCAUUAAUUCAGUGCAAAUAAAGUUGCCGGCACCCAUAAAUUGUAAUUUCCCAACAGCCACUGGAACAGUAAAUAAGCAAGCGGGAUGAAUAACAUCUGAUAAUCCUCUCUGAUGAUUCCCACCAGCGACCUUACCCUUAAAGUUUACCUGGCAAUGCUUCCAUCUCACUCACUCACUCACUCACUCACUCACUCACUCACUCACUCACUCACUCACUCACUCACUCACUCACACACACACUCUCACACGCUUUCACACAGAUUUCUCUAUUUCCUUCCAGCUCACACCUACACAUAAAUUACUAUGCAUACAUUGAUAAUAACUCACACACUUAUUGAGUCGAUGGACAAUCUGGACAAAGACAAGUUUCACAUUAGGAAAUGUCACUCUUUAUACAAUUGAGCUAUUCAUGGUUUCUCAGAAUAGAGUAUUAUUCAUAUGUGGCGCCCUGCUCCGUUUAUGGCCAAUAUUGACAGCCAGAGCCAAGACUUUGCAUUCUGUCAUGUGGCGAAUAAAUACAUGCACCAACAUGGAUGCUGUCUUUCAAACGAGGGGGGAAAAAGAGAGAAGACUCUGACAUGUAUUAUUUAUUUUGUACCUAUAACUCUGGGUCUUUUUGUAUCGGUCUGCUCUUUUAUGUUUAUAAAAAUAAUUGCAUACUCGUCUUUUCUACCAGGUACCUAUACACCAUUCUUGUGUGUGUUCAAUAAAAAAUAUUUGAGCAAGAAGACUGACAUUUUCAUCUCUUGCAGGGCAGCGGGAUAAAAAUGAUUGACAGUCGGUUCGGUCUGCCAGUGUACCCUUUCACGGAGAGCACAAAGAGAACUCUGCUGUACCCUGAGCACUUUGAGAAUCAGGAGACAGGCCUGCCUGUCAGCAUGAAGGACUUCAUGAUGGCUCUAAUUAAUGUGACCAGCCUCCUCAUCAAAGCCUCACACAGCAAUGAGCGGGUCGCCAUCUAC